GCAACUAGCAAGUCAGUCCGGUUUUUGGCUUGCGCGAGUAACACUCCCAGCGGUUCCCAAAAGUAUACCUACCAAUCGAGACUUUAUUUGAAAACGUAGCAUUUUUCUUUAAAAUUCCUAACCUUACAUCCAAGUAAUUACGUGGAUUUGGUGCGAAUAAACACAGCGUUUAAAGAUGCCGAAGAGGAAGAGCCAGGCUCUCAUCGACUCGGACAGCAGCAAAAGCUCGGAGGAGAGUGGCUCGGAUUUGGAUAGCGAAUUAUUGACUCUUGCUAAAAAGAAAAAAGGAAAUCCCCAUGAUGAUGGCUCUGGAAAUGAGGAAAGUAACUCAUCAAAAAAAGAUAACAAGGUCUUUGAUUCUGAAACGUCAGAUUCUGAUGACGAGUGGAAUGCUAAGACUGGUAAAGCAAAGAAAAAGAAAACUUCCUCAAAGAAAAGCAAGAAGAAAAUGUCAAAAUCUAGUAGUGGAGAAAGUGACAGCGAAAGUGAAAAAGAAGAGCCUGAAAAGGUUUCAGAACCAGAAGAAGGUGAAGUCUCAGAUUCAGACGCUAGCGAUGACUCUGAUUCAAGCCAAGAAGAAUUUAAUGAUGGCUAUGAUGACAGACUCAUGGGAGAUGCAGAGGAUCAGGCGAGACUCGCUCAGAUGACGGAAAAAGAAAGAGAACAAGAGAUCUUCAAGCGCAUCGAACAACGAGAGAUUAUGAAGACAAGGUUUGAAAUUGAAAAGAAAUUAAGGCAAGCUAGGAAAAAAGAACAGAAAAAGCAAAAAGAGUUUAAAAAGAAGGAGAAAGGUGGUGAUGAAAAGAAGGUUGAUAGAGCACCUGAUCCUAAAGAAAGGAGUAAAGAUCGCAAAAAAACGAUAGAAGAAAAACAAGAUAAAAAGUCAAGUGCAAUGGCCAUGUUAAAGGCAAGACGUGAAGAAAAACGAGAACGAGAGGAAAAGGAGAAGCAAAGAAUGGAAGAGCAAAAACAACAAUCUAAAGACGACGAGGAAGAGUUAGAAGGAGAUCACAAAGGUUCAAAGACCAAGCUGAAGGCAUCUGAUAUUUAUUCAGAUGAUAGUGGCUCAUCCAGUAGUGAUGAAGACAAAGAGUCAAGUAAGCCUGCCUCUAGGCAGAGAUCCUCUUCUAGUUCUUCCAGAGAUUCAGACUCUGACGACCAAAAGUCCAUAGCCAGUACAAAACCUAAAAAAAUAAUUUAUGUUAACACCAAGGAAGAAUUAAAUAAAAUACGAUUAUCGCGUCACAAAAUAGAACGGUUUGUCCAUCUUCCAUUUUUUGAAAGAGUUGCGCAAGGGUGUUACGUGAGAAUCGGUAUUGGAAAUAAUAAUGGUAGGCCAGUGUACAGAGUCGCGGAAAUCGUUGGUGUUUGUGAAACCGCCAAAAUCUACCAGUUAGGCAACACUAGGACGAACAAAGGCUUAAAACUAAGGCAUGGAAUGCAAGAACGUGUCUUCAGGCUAGAAUUUGUGUCAAACCAGGAAUUUACAGAGUCAGAGUUCUUUAAAUGGAAAGAGACUUGUGCUGUGCAGGGCAUAUUGGCACCAACUGCCGAUGAAGUUGAUCAAAAACUUAAAGACAUUAAAGAAGCAAUGGUGUAUGAGUUCAAAGAGGAAGAUAUUGAAAAGAUAGUGCAGGAAAAAGGUCGGUUUAAAGGUACGCCAUAUAAUUUUGCCAUGAAAAAGGCACAACUUAUGCGUGAGAGAGAUGCCGCAAAUUGUCGAGGAGAUGAUGACACUGCCAGUAGAUUGAACGUAGAAAUCGAAGAACUGGAAGAGCGUGCAUCGGACCUCGAUAAAAAACGAUCGGCCACAAUUUCCAGCAUAUCGUAUAUCAAUGAUCGGAAUCGCAAGAAAAAUGUCGAAGAAGCAGAAAAAGCAAUUUUGGAAGAAAUCAAGCAAAACAAAGGUAAAGUGAUAGAUGAUCCGUUUACCAGGAGAAGUACAAGGCCAAAAAUGUUUUCUCAAAAAGAAGAUGACGAACCUCGAAAGGCUCCUAUAUUUCCUGUUGAAGUUAUUCAAAAGCCUGUAAUGAAAAAAGAAGAACCUGCUCCUGAAAUGAAAAAGAAACAAAACACAGAUUUGUUUAAUGCUCAUAAUUUUGAUAUUACGAUCGAUCUGGGAGUGCCAACAGCGAGUACUCCCGUUACUAUACUUCCAAAACCAAUGAACAAUAUUAAAGAUUCUGGUCCUCGUCGUUCCUUAAAUUUGGAAGAUUACAAAAAGAAGCGAGGUUUAAUUUAAAAAGCUUUGACAUAUUCUACAAACAAAUAUAUAAUUCUAUAAAUAAAUAUGUCUGGAAAGCAUACUUUUCACUAGUUCAUUACGAGUUGUAAACUGUUUAUGGGUUACAAUGUAAUGGCAACUUAAAUUUGCUUUAUUUCGAUUAGCUCAAAGGGUUGUCUUACACUUGUCUUGCAAUAUAUAACUUGAUUUUUAUACAUUUAAAUCAGUUUUUGGAGCAAGUUUAUACUUUUCUGUUGUUCAGCAGAAAGAACUUACAAUGCAUUAGAAUUAAUGAUAAUUUUAUUAACGUUUUGUUGUAUUAGAUAAGUGAUGAUACCUACUAGUUCUGUAUUGGACAUUUUGGUAUACCACUGUGGCUCAUAUUUUUAUGAAUUGCUGUGUCUAGCGAUACGUCGUUUUGCGUUUAGUGUGUACAUAAAUGUUAAAACUUGUGAAAUUAUUAUAUACAAUCUAAUAAAACGCUGUGAGCAGUAAACGUUAGGCUGUUCACUAUUUCAAAUUGCAGGUUACUUGUACAGGAUACUCGGACUCUUUUUUUCAAUGUUGUUUUACAAAAUCAAUUUAUAUUUUAUAAUUUACAAAGACUCAAAUUAUUAGAAACAUCAUUGAAUCUACAUAUACCGCCUAAUUUUUUAAAUAUUUACAUGAAUUUAUUUUACAUCAUCAAAAAUGAUUGUAGCGAGAUGGCCCUGCCCUUACUAGUACUAAAAACCAAAUAAAGUAUUUUUUACAAGUUUUACGUGGGCAUAUUAAAGUAAAAAUCAAAUUUCGUGCCGAACAAAAUUUAUUGCUUGUAGAGCUUUACUAGGUUGAAAUAAUUUGAGUGACUUGAGGGAAGAGGGAAGAAAAAAUAGUUUUAUUUUUUAGUUUCUACCUAAAAUCAUGCUAUCUCUCUAAUGCAUAAGCCUGCACUUUGAAAGAUAGGAAUUUUAAUUUUAUGUGAAUUUUCUCUUAUUGCUUAGGAAACUUUUUUUUACUGAUAAAAAGUAGUUUCAAUUCAUAAGGUAAAAAUGUGACUAAUCAGUCUCUUUUCAUUAAUAACUAGUAUUUAUUGUAAAAAUAAAAAAAAGACAGCUAGGGUUUCUCUAAAUGUAUUUACAAUUAAGUUUUUAAAUUAAUUUGCAAUGAUAAUAUUGCAGUUGUUUUGUUAGGGAAUGCAAACUGUUAAAUCUCAGACUGAUGAUGAAUGUAUGUUAUUAUUACGUAAAUAAGAUAUGCAAAAUUUUUUUUUUCUAUUACAACAUUCAUGCAACACAGUAUUUAAAUGUAUAUAUAGUGUAUAUUUCAUGAAGGUUUUCACAAAACUGUAUAUAAUCCACUACAUUAA